ACCGUAUCCCGGUCGUUUCGUCAUCCUACAAUACUCCGUACUUGUAAAUAAUUACCUAUUUCCGCAGAGCGGCACAAGUAAUAAUCCUUCCGAAUCCGGCUUCCAUACCUUAUUACCACACAAUGUCGUUUCCCUCGCCUCCCGCAGGUGCCAAGGGCGCCCUCGACUCUGCCGAUCCUCUGCCCGUGGUCGUCGAACAAGUCACACCCGCCUGGUUCACCAAGAUCCUCGGCCGCCCUGUCGCGACGGCGGAGCUGGUCGAGCCCAUCCACGGAACGGCGAGCAAGCUUCUCUACAAGCUCACAUACGAGGACAGCCAGGAUGCCGAGUCGCUGCCCACCCACGUCUGCGUCAAGGGCGGCUUCAACCCGGACCUCGUCAAGCUGCACCCGUCCCUGAACGCCGUCUACCGCCGCGAGGCCGAGUUCUUCUACCACAUCGCCCCCACCGUGUCGAUGCGCCUCCCGCCCGUCUGGUACGCCGGCAGCGAUACCGUCACGGGGCAGGGCAUCGUGGUCCUCGACGACCUCAAGGCCAAGGGCUACAAGUUCGGCGACCCGCUCGAGGCCUGGCCGGUCGAGCGCGUGCGCGCCGGCGUCGAGGAGCUCGCCAAGCUUCACGCCAAGACGUGGGGGGCGAAGCCGGCCGACUUUCCCUGGCUCAAGGAGGGCCUCUCGCUCCGGGAGGUUAUCCUGUCCCUGAUGGCCGAGUCCGAGUGGCCGAAGCGCUUCUUCGACGAGGCGGCCAAGCCGCCCGUCACCGACGAGAUGACGAACCGCGAGCGGAUGAUCCGCGCCUUCAAGACGCUCUGGGCGACGACGAACCAGGACCACCUGUGUGUCGUGCACGGCGACUCGCACAUUGGCAACACCUUCAUCACGCCCUCGGGCGAGCCCGGCUUUCUCGACUGGCAGGGCCUCCACUUCAACUCGUUCCUUCACGACGUCACCUACUUCAUCGUCGGCGCGCUGACCAUCGAGGACCGGAGGGCGAACGAGGUUGAGCUCUUUGAGCACUAUCUCGCCACGCUGCACAAGGCCGGCGGUCCGAAGCUGGACAAGGAGGCCAUCUGGGACGAUUACCGGAAACAUCAUUUCCAUGGCUUCGCCUGGGCCCUGACGUCGCCCAUGAUGCAGCCCAAGGACAAGGUCGACGCCAUGACGGCGAGGCACGUUGCCGCCAUCGUCGACCACAAGAGCUUGGAAUUAUUGGAGAGUCUCCCCGGCUAUGUCAAGGAGGUGUAAUUCUGGUUGGGCCAAUGGGAGGGGCUGAGGAUUUAGCAAUCGUGUGACCGCCUAACAUAUCAACUAUCUGCGCCUCAUGUUACUCGAGAGACAAUUGAGUGGGAUUCGUUUGAUGUGGCGUUAUGUGGCCCGAAACAAUUCCUGGGACUGGAACUACCAGCGCGGGCUAACCGAAGCCCUGGGUCUCCUGCGCAAGAAAAAAACCUCUGUUUUAAGUUAGGUUGGAAGCGAGAACGGGAUGGUUCCACCCUCGGCACUACAACAAAACGUGACUG